GUACAAAUCGGUUUUGAACUUGGCGGUAUCAUCACAGCGCAGGAGAUUACGUGCAUACCGCUAAAUCCUCUUGAAAAUACGGAAUCUUACCUCUUAGAAUACAACAGCUUACGGAAUAUCUGUAUACUGAUGGAAAUUAUUGCCCAGUGUUUUGUUCUUUCGCUGAACUAAACACUUUCCACAGUACCCAGCUGUUCAUUGGAAACAGCUGAGCGCCAAACACAGCGGACCAAAUGCAGUCUUCGUCCACCGCACGCCCAUUUACACUGAGGGACUUUCUUGUGCUCAGUGAUCCGAAAUCCACCGGUGGAGUUUCCUAUAACACCGCAAACAGCUCUCAUGCAUUCAACACUCCUUACACAAACCCCACGUUUUCCAUAGCACCGACCUACGCAUUACAGACUGAAUUUCCCAACCGAUCACACCCACAUCUCGGCUAUCCAGAAAAGUUUACUCCUUUACCUCAUCACACUUCCACCUCAGUGUCUUCAGACAAAAUGUGCAUCCCAAUGAGAAUGGGUUCCAUAAAAAUGGGCACAGAUUCCAGUGCGGGUCAAUUUCGUCCCCCUCUCCGACGAUCCAACACCGUUGGCGCUAACGAACUUGAAGAGCGGUUGCGCAGGGUAAACUCUGUCGCUUACAGUUUCCAGGGCGGUUCCUAUACCCAUUCCAGACCUUCAUUCUCAUGGAUGCAGCCACAUGCCCAGCAUACGAACAGACAAUUUUCAGAGGACAGGUACGUGGCACACAUGGUCCAAGAGGUACCCAGCUCGCAAGAUUUACUCAAGCAGCUGUUGCUCCGAGGCAAGCAGGUAGGAGUGGACAUUGCUCUCCCGCACAAUGCUCUGACUCACGUAGGACAGUCGCCAACGGAACGAGUGAUGCGCCGUCUAGGCACCAUGAACACAAGCAGUUUGGAUCGUAAUGCGCAACCUUCCGAUGCCAUGAAUCAGGUUGAAAGGUUAAGGGGAACGGGACCAAUGGAUAGGAUCGAAUAUCCAGCCUCUUCCAUGGCAGCAAAAGGUAGUGGUGUGCCAAGUGGCUCCCUCAACGCGCCCAUAUCCAGGAGGGCUCGCCUCCGACGCGAAUGUACCGUGGAGAGUACGUCGCAGUCCAGUGCGAUUAAGGCACGCUUUGCCGGAUACGGGCAAUACUGUCAGGAUGUUGGUUCCAUCGGUACCGCGCAGCCGGGCAAUUCGCUUGAUCGAAUGGACUCCUCUGCAAACUACGCCAACUUUGAGCCUCGAGACCUUAAGCAGAACAAUACGCAGUGGCUGGAAGUGCCGGAAGAGCUGCGUUUCACAACCGAUCGCUUCCUGGGUCGCACUCUGGUCCACUGGCUUUGCAGUCACUUGGCACGUAACGGCCUUUCUUGGACACACAACUUGAUCACCUCAGUCACACAUAUUUGCGACUGUUUGUUGCGGUUGGGAAUCCUACAACCCGAAUGGAGUCGAUCCCUUCGAACCCCAUAUGUGUUCAAUGAUGAGCGUGACAGGGAUGCGAUGAGUAUGUACAGACUGCCAUCUACUGAGAGCACACCUAGAGGCAAUGGAAUCGGUCCGGCGCAAAACUCAAGUUUGAGUGCAAAGUACCCUCAGGAGGACCAGUUCGAUCUUCAGAUUCACUACAUAUGGACUGGAAACCAAUUGGCCAAGCGACUGGAGCUUCAGAUGUUGACCAGUCGGUCUGCAGAUGCCGAGUCAGCAGCCAGACGGAAUCACGGCCCCUCCUCUGCAUACGCACGCGCCUCCAGCGAUGUCAGCAGCCUUCGACGUGAGUACGAGUAUGAACUUGAGCGGCUAACCAGGGAACAUGAGCUGCAGUUGUUCCGGGUUAAAAAUCAAGGAGUGAUGAAAGUUUGCCAGCUAACGGACCGGAUCGAAUCGCUAGAACAGGAAGUGGAAAAAUAUCGCAUCCUUGCAGGUAUUGAGCAUUUGACCAAAUCACCGAUGCUUGACGAACCGAGUACACAUCCCCGCUCAAGCAAGACUCGAGGACCGAUGCUGAGCGCACAAACGCAACCAGAAAACACGACAGUUGAGGAAAAGAAACGAUCUCCAUUAGAGACGAAAAAGUCACGGUUGCCCCGUGUAGGAUUCAGUGUUCCAGAGACCAUCGAGCUGAGUCCGAAACAAUCUACUUCCACUAGGCCAAGAGCAAGUAGCGAAGUGAGCAUGACAACCAGUUCCAGUGCGGAUGUUAUGGGAAAGUGGAGCGGCAUAGUCUCAUCCAACACUCAACGGGAACAAUCACGCCCAUCGAUGAAAUACGUUGCAGACGUGCCGGCCGACGAACUGCCAAGGACCAAAGGAUUCCUUCGGAGAUUAAGGCAGAUGAGCAGCGUUGGUACAGAUUCCGGAAUCAGCGGUUCGAGGAGUAGUGCGGCGUACAGUGGUACCAGCUCGCAGGACACAACACAACAAUCCGCCUCUUCAGUCGAAUUUGAAGAAAUCAUAGGAGUUGAAGACACUCAGCCAGAAAAUGGUAGGACUCGGAACCAAAUGGAGCAACCAAACGACAGCAACUCGACUAAAGGCGUGGGAACGAAACAUACGACAAGAUCCGUAACGAGUGCUGCUGCAGCAGCAUCGGAUCACGCGGCGAAAACCAAGCCUCCAUCUGUCACAAGAACAACGUCGAACAACGAACAGCAGGAUUUUGUCCAGAGAGCGCUCAAGCAGUCUCAAAGAGUCUUCUCAAUGAAGAAAAGCGCCUGAAAUCGGUAAUCGCAAAAACCCCAUCCAAGCAGUCACAUCGGAGAAACCCCCUUGUAUCUUAUUGCCUUUCCGUCCCCUCCCCCCAUUUUGCAAACUGUAGUAAAAUCCGCAGUCCGCCCUCUGCAUCUGUACAUGUUUACUGACAAGCACACACACUUCAGUCCCCUUUGACCAAAUAUACAAAACACUUGUCACCGGG